AUGACCAGGGAACAGGAAAGAGGGAAUGGAAGGUCCCAGUGGGAGUUUAUCCUAUUGGGGGUCUCUGACCAGCCAUGCCUGAAGAUGUUGCUUUUUGUGGUCUUCCUGGUCUUGUACGUCCUGAACCUGGUGGGGAACCUGGCCAUCAUCAUUGUCUUGUGGCUGGACACCCCUAUGUAUUUCUUCCUUAGCAACCUCUCCUUCCUGGAUCUUUGCUACACCACCAGCACCAUUCCUCAGAUGUUGGUGAAUUUCAAGUUCAUCACCUGGGCCGGCUAUGUGGCCCAGCGCUACAUCUCCCUCUCGCUGGCUGGCACUGAGUGUAUCCUGUUGGCCGUCAUGGCCAACGACUGCUACGUCGCCAUCUGCCACCUGCUGCACUACACUAUCGUCAUAAGCUGCCGCCUCAGCCUGCAGAUGGCGGCCACCAUCUGGCUGAACAGCUUCGGCAACUCCAUCCUUCAGACCAGCCUGACCGUGUGGCUGCCCCGGUGCGGACAGAACUGGCUUGACCACUUCAUCUGUGAGGUGCCGGCCCUGCUCAAGCUGGCCUGUGUCGACACCUCUGACAAUGAGGCCCAGGCAUUUGCUGUCAGUGUGAUCUUCCAAAUGGUGCUGCUGGGCCUCACCCUGGUCUCCUACAGCUACAAAGGCACCAUAAAUAAAUUACCUGGAAGGAAGAAUUUAAACGGAAUAGUGUAA